UGCCAAAGGGAGGGGCACAUCCAGGCUUGGCAGAUGAGUUUGGUCUGGCUGUGGAAAACAGCACAAAGGAAGUGACUCCACACUGACACUUGGCUCUUUCACUUUUAGCUCUCUGCUGUUCCACUCGGAUUUAUUGGCCGACAUCAUGGAUAACUUCCAGAGUAUCUUGCGUUUCCUCGUGAAUCAGAAAACCACAAUUGGCUACAGUUUCAUGGCUCUGCUGACUAUAGGCGGGGAACGAAUUUUCUCCAUGGUCUCCUUUCAGUGUCCCUGCAACCACGACCAGAACUUUGCUUAUGGCGUGACAUUUCUGCUGGGACCAGCUGCAGUGCUGCUGAUCUUUGGUAUUUUCUCCAGUACCCGCUUUUGGAGGCUCUACACUGGGUGCUGCCUCAAUCCCAUGAAGCUUUGCCCCCGUGGAAACUGUUUCGGCUGUCUUAGGGUGUUCCUGAGUAUUUUCACCGGGGCCUGUGUGGCUCCUAUAAUGUGGCUCUGUGUGGCUCUGCUCAAUGGAACCUUUUAUGAGUGUGCUGUUAGUGGUCUUGAUGAUAGUCUGGUGGUCGAUCUCUUCUGCAAAAACAAGACAUUGAAGUGUCGUGAGGAGCUGGCCCGGGUGCCCUGCGACCGCUCUAAACUGUCUAGCGAGGAGCGCAUGGAGCUGCUGCUGAUGUUCAGGGCUCAGUCUCAGAUUCUGGGCUGGUGCAUUAUCAUUAUUGGCGCUUUUGUAGGCCUUCUGGGUACCUGCUACAAAAACUGUCGCUCCCAAGUCAGCUACCUGCAGCUUAAAUUUUGGAAAAGCUACAUAGACAAAGAAAAGGAGCGGUUUGAUGCCCUUACUAUAGAGUAUGCCACCAAACUGGCUGAGAGAAACCUGGAGAGUUUCUUUGAGAACAAGGCACCCGAUCCAUUCCCGUUUCCCAACCACAAAGCCUGGGAGGAGAUCUCUGCAUACUACACGUUUUCCAGGAGCGAGCAGUAUUACAGCACCCUGCAGAGGUAUGUGGAGAAAGCGGAAAACAGGAACCUUCCACCAGAGAAGAGACCCGUAAUGGACGUAGAGCACGAAACAGAGAUGAACUAAACAGCAUUUUAUCUGGAAAACUGUUAUUCAGAUGUUCAGGGAAGUGAUAAAUAAUGAAUACACUGCAUUGUGACUGUUCCUACUCAGCACUGAUUUUAUUGACAGUGCAAGUCUGACUCAGGAAAAAGCCUCCACAGCUGUCUCUUUAUAACAACGCUGCCCCCACUGGUUAAACCAAAGAAUGAGCACAUGAAGAGCAUAACCACUUUGAAACAAACACACCCACCGAUGCUGCCUACCUCUUUUAGACUUCAUGCUUUUGAGACCUUUCAUAAAUGACACUGCUGGGUAAAAUGUCUCACUUUACAUUUUCAGAGUAACUUGAUUUAAACACAAAAAACAGCCGUGUGCCAUUUGAACACUGACAAUAACAGCUGUAAAUAUAGUGUAUUGUUAUAACAGAGGGUAAUCUGUAAGUGAGAGGAAAAGAAGAGGGCCACAGGAGGUUUUUGGAUGCGGUAAAGGAUUCCUGCUAUAGAAGAGGGUGCAGGCUGUAGGCAGACCAACCCUAACAAGAGCUGCUGAAUGAAGUAUUGCACUAAACUGCAACAACAGCCCUCUGAAGACACUUGCACUGCAAAGAUCCUAGUCUGAGGUGUCCCCAGCUUCAGAGUUGCUCUCCCAGACCACAGCAGUGCUCUGUGCUCCACAGAAGCUCUCCAUCAUGGAUCUCAGAAAUAGAUCCUGCUCAUGCCUUCUUGUGUGCAGCCUCUGUUGGUCUCAUAGCUCAGCUUGUUGUCAGUUGUUCUCUGGCACCACGUCCAUGACAGACGUGGACCUUUCACCGUCAUCCACGAGCGCUCUGUACGCCUCCUCCGUCACCUCAGUGACACACGUUUUGUUUUAUUCAGUUUAUGUUGAUCAUGUAAAAAAUAACCAAACAAACGUGUUGGACCAAUUAAGGUUUACCUUAUCUUAUCAAUAUACUUGUAUGAAAAACAAGAAAAAAAUCAAAUAAAACUCUACACUACAAAAGAAAAAACUGUACAAUAUGAAGCAAACUAACAUAUCGCACCUUUCCUGAUUGAGUUUACAAAUCCAAACAAGAGUGGGAAUAAGUGCAUGCUUCUCUAACACUACCUCUUCUCCUUAAGUCAUCUCUAAUUAUUUAUGCAGCUUCCUUGUUGUUAUAAACUUAAAUAAUAACAACAAACAUACUCCAGAUUGCAUAGAAUAUAGUUCGUACAUUAGCUUGUUCCUACAAGUCAUUCACAAAACAGAUGUUAAUGAAAAAUUCUGAAUAUGCACAGAAACUAAAUAAACGAGACAUUUACUGAAAUUCAGCAUCUUUAUGUCACGUGAAGACUUCUUUAAACUGCUUCAGCUGUUGCACAGUUUCACUCCACGCACUGAAACACAAACAUUUUUCCAACAUUUAGCAUGCAGAUACAUAACUUCCUACUUUCAGGAAAAAAAAAUACUUUGAGUAUUUCCUGAUUUAUUAUUUUUCAACCUGAAUUACAUUUGUGCUCGCUGCAAUUUCACUAGAUCUGCAUAUUUCACAACUUCGGGCUGUAAAAAGAGUAAAUUUGAGGGAAUGUGUAUAGCCUGCAUUGUAAUGAUUAUAAAUUUUGUCUUUCACAAAAUUGUCCUUUACAGAUUGAUCACGCUUGUCUUUUUAGCAUUAGUGCUUCUGAAGAGCAUUCUGUACCUUUGCUCAGGUGUGCAAAGAGUCCUGGCCUCUGUUACUCUGUUACAUUCUCAAAAAGAAAUAAAGUACUAGACUUGAAACCACCACGAGCCUGGAAGAUCAUACACACAACUGAAGAGUCAACACCUUCU